UGAGAAUCACCAGGGAUGCAAGAACAUUGUAUAAACAUCAUUGAAGAGGGAGAUGGUAUCAUGAUUGCUCGUGGUGAUUUGGGUAUUGAGAUCCCAGCCGAGAAGGUCUUUGUGGCCCAGAAACAGAUGAUUGCCAAGUGCAACAAAGUUGGAAAGCCAGUCAUUUGUGCUACCCAGAUGUUGGAAUCCAUGGUGAAGAAACCCCGUCCCACACGUGCUGAAGUGUCUGAUGUUGGUAAUGCUAUUCUUGAUGGUGCUGACUGUGUCAUGCUGUCUGGUGAAACUGCUAAAGGGAGACUACCCUCUUGUGUGUGUGCGAACCAUGGCCAAUAUUGCACGUGAAGCUGAAGCUGCAAUUUGGCACAAGCAACUCUUCACUGAGCUGUCUCAGCAGGUCCAACUGCCCACUGACUCAAACACACACCACAGCCAUUGCUGCUGUUGAAGCUUCAUUCAAAGCAAUGGCCCCAGCAUUAUUGUUUUACCACCACUGGUCGCUCUGCUCAUUUUGGUUUCAAAGUACAGGCCUCGCUGCCCAAUUGUGGCUGUAACUCGAUUCCCACAGGUGGCCCGACAGUGCCAUCUCUCGUGGUAUUAUUCCCAUCCACUACACG